AUGGGUGACACAUUCCUCUCGCAGCCCGAGUUCAUCGAGGUGGAGCUCGGCGAGUCGCUUCUCUCGAGGACAGAAACGCUCGCCUCGUUCCGCGAGCUAGGCCCACCCGAUCUGGUCCAUGUGAUCAAGACGACGGGUUCCAGCGCAAGAUCACGCGACAUUGGCUCGUAUCACUACGUAUCGGGUGUCGAUGCCUCCUCAUCUGCUGCUCUCGCUGCCUACAUCAACAGCCUCACCUACGAGCUUGACCAGAACCCCGGCUUCUUCUCUAGCAAAGCCGCCUACAAGCUCAAGAGCGGCGCCUACUGCUGCUUCAACGCCUUUUCGCGCGUCGAUGUGCGCGUAGAAGUGCGCAUUCCAGGUUCCGUAGAUGCGUACGUGGUCGAUCUGCGCGGCGAGCGUCACGAGACUACGCCCGAGAUCUGGCAAGAGGUCUACCUCUCUGCGCUCCUCCGUUCCAUCCUCUAUGCCGACGACGCAAACUACCGUCUUGCCGGCUACCGUAAGCUCGACCCCAUCGCGAGUCCUGAUGCAGAACAUCGCUUCCUCCAAGCUGCAGAGAACCUCUUCUUCAAGGGAUGGCAGCUAGGCUCCGACCCCGAGAUCCAGGUCGCCACCGUCGUGUCAAAUCACCUCACCGCAGGCAUCCUCAAAUACUUUGGCGAAGCAUCCAGAUACGAGCAGGCCGUCAAUCUUUUCGAGAAGCUCUGGGCGAGGGAACCGGAAGUGGCAGCACUCGUAGCAAAGUCUUACGUCGGAAUGAACGAGGAGAUCAAAGCUGUCCAGGUCAUGCACGGCGCCAUCAAGGAGACACCGCAGUCCUACGCUCUGCUCCAUGCACAGGUGGAUUUCCUGCGUUCCAAGGGCAAGCACGAGUGGGCGCUCAAGGUGGCCAAGCAAGCCGUCAACUGUGCACCUUCCGAGUUUGUCACGUGGGCCAAAUUGACAGAAUGCUACAUCGACCUCGAGCAGUGGGAAUCCGCCUUGUACACGCUCAACUCGUGUCCCAUGUUCACCUACAACGAACGCGAUCUGCACAGGAUGCCAACACCCGCGCGCAGUCAUUUGCCCGUCAAGACGUUCAUCACCGAGAGUGGGCUGGUGGACGAAGAGAGCGCACGCGACAACGAGGCUGAUGUAGCGCUACUACGCUUGCCUGCGCCAGCACUGCGCGGCACCUUUGCCAGCGCGUAUGCGCUGCUCGGACGUCUUGUCAGCUCGAUCGGAUGGGACGAACUGUUGCGCUAUCGAUCCAACGUCUUUGUCAUGGAGGAAGAGUACCGUGCCCAGAAAGCGGCUGCAACUCAAUCCGACGAAGCCGAGGAUGAUGCUUCCAUCCGCGGCAUGGCACCCUCCGACUCGCCCGCCAUUGCAUCCUCGACACCGCCGCAGCCGUCGAAAGCUACAGCGGACCCGGACAGCACUGACGCAGAUACCAACAACUCGGUGGACCAGAGCGAAGACGAGAUGGACAGCAACGAAGUGCAGCCGCCCAAGCAAAAGUCACAGCUCGGCCUCAAUUCGGCUGCCAAUGCAUCCUCACAAUCGAUCCCCACCAUCAAGAUCUCGACCGAGUCCGAUCACGAACGCGAAAAGCAGGAGUUGGAAGACUACAUGAAGACCAUGAAUGUGUCGCCGGAUCCGCAAGGCACAGAGGAGAAGGCACCGGAACCGCCAACAAUCCUUGUCGAGCCUCCACCGCUGGAGAAGCCAGCGCAGGCGUCAGCGGGACACGAGCGAAGCGAGUCCACAUCCACCGCCGUCCCCGGCGACCUAUCGGCUUCAUCACACACCAACGGUAAGCCGGGACCCAUCGUCAACGGCGAACACGACGCAUCUAUCGCAAUGGCGGAAGCACGGCAAAAGGAGAAGAACACCGGAUUCUCGUUCCGCGACAAACGACUCUGCGAACGAUGGCUGGACAACCUCUUCAUGGUGCUCUACGAGGACCUUCGCGUCUACACCAUCUGGCGUGCCGAGAUCGCGCACUUCCGAAGUCAGAACAUGGCCUACCGCAAAACAGGUACGGAAUGGGAGAUCCUCGGCGAGCUCGCAUUGCGUCUAUUGCACAAGGACGAAGCCCGUGACGCGUUCCAGCGAUGCGUCGACGUCAAGUUCAGCGCCAAAGCGUACUUGCGGCUGUUGGAGAUCUACACGGAAGCGAGGGAUGUACAGCGAGGGUUGUGGACCGCCAUCAGGUUGACGGCGUACCAUCACAGGUGGUACAUGGAGGGAAGUUUCCCGGGAGCGGUGGCGACGAGUCUGUUCAAGUUGAUCAAGUCGGAAGGGUUGGCCAAAGUGAGCUAUACCUUGGUGUCGAUGAGUCCACCGCCGGCGAUAUUGAGGUUGAUGCAGAACUACUUUGCGUAUGCCACGGCGUUCAAGGUGCCUGGUUACGACUUUUGA